CACAAGGCUAUGGAGGUAUGAACCCAUCUAGUGCGCAAAGUACGUUUUAUGACUGGCUUCUUUGUGUAUAUAUUUAUAUGAUUUGUAUUAUCAUAUAUGAUAUUAAAGAAUCAUGAAGUUAACACUUCAGCAAAUAUAGGUGGGAGUGGGAGUGGACCAACAACUGACUGCAUGGGUUAUGGACUACCUCACCAAUCGACCACAGUAUGUGAGGCUCCGUCACUGUGUAUCUGACAUGGUACUCUGCAGCACAGGUGCCCCUCAGGAGGGGAAUGAUCUGGAAUACAGGACGGUCAUCAGGGACUUUGUCAGCUGGAGUGAGCUUAACCAGCUGCAACUCAACACCAGCAAGACAAAGGAGAUGAUCAUUAACUUCCAGAGGAAAACAUCCCAUUUCACACCGGUGAACAUCCAGGGAGCGGACAUAGAGUUAGUAGACAGCUACAAAUUCCUGGGUGUUCACCUUAACAACAAGCUGGACUGGUCCGUCAACACCCACGCCCUCUACAAGAAGGGCCAGAGUCACCUCCACCUGCUGAGGAGACUGAGGUCCUUUGGUGUGUGCAGGACUUUUUUACAGACCUUUUAUGACUCUGUGGUGGCCUCAGCCUUCUUCUAUGCUGUGGGCUGCUGGAGAGGGGGCAGCACGGACAGGAACAGGAGCAGGAUCAAUAGACUGAUCAGGAGAGCGAGCUCUGUCCUGGACGGUCCUCUGGACUCCGUGGAGGAAGCGGGGGAGAGAAGGAUGUUGGCUAAGCUGACAUCCAUCAUGGACAACACCUCUCACCCGCUACAUGACACUGUUGUUUCCCUGGGCAGCUCCUUCAGCAGCAGACUGUUACACCCACGGUGUAAGAAGGAGAGGUUCCGCAGGUCCUUCAUACCGACCGCUGUCAGGCUCUACAACACCUGCACAACCUGA